ACUGCAGAGGCUAUUUCCUGGAAUGAAUCAAUAAGUGAAACAAAUCACUCCAUGGUGACUGAGUUCAUUUUUCUGGGACUCUCCAAUUCUUGGGAACUCCAGAUUUUCCUAUUUGUAUUCUUCUUUGUAUUCUAUGUAGGAAUUGUGUUUGGAAACCUUCUUAUUGUCACAACUGUGUCUUCUGACUCCCACCUUCACUCCCCCAUGUACUUCCUGCUGGCCAACCUCUCACUCACUGAUCUGUCUCUGUCUUCAGUCACAGCCCCCAAGAUGAUUACUGACGUUUUCAGUAAGCACAAAGUCAUCUCUUUCAAAGGCUGCCUUGCUCAGAUAUUUCUCCUUCACUUUUUUGGUGGGAGUGAGUUGGUGACCCUCAUAGCUAUGGCCUUUGACAGAUAUGUAGCGAUCUGUAAACCCCUUCAAUAUACUACAAUUAUGUGUGGCAAUGUAUGUAUUGGCAUUGUGGUUGCAGCGUGGGGGAUUGGCUUCCUUCACUCAGUGAGCCAGUUGGCCUUUGCAGUAAACUUACCUUUCUGUGGUCCCAAUGAGAUUGAUAGCUUUUAUUGUGACCUUCCUAGGGUAAUCAAACUCGCCUGUACUGACACCUACAGGUUAGAUAUUAUGGUCAUUGCUAACAGUGGUGUGCUUACUGUAUGUUCGUUUGUUCUCCUAAUUAUCUCCUACACUAUCAUCCUAAUGACCAUCCAGCUUCGUCCUUCAGAUAGGUCAUCAAAGGCUCUGUCCACUUUGACUGCUCACAUCACAGUAGUCCUUUUGUUCUUUGGACCUUGUAUAUUUAUUUAUGCCUGGCCAUUUCCCAUCAAGUCAUUAGACAAAUUUCUUGCUGUGUUUUAUUCAGUGGUCACUCCUCUCUUGAAUCCAAUUAUAUAUACACUGAGGAACAAAGACAUGAAGACUGCAAUGAGACAGCUGAGAAAAUGGAAUGUGAAUUCUAGGGCAAAGUCUUAGGUCUUCUAUAACUGUGAGAUUAAUCUGAUAUAAUGACAUAAUAUAUAGUAAAGUUGGUAAACUAUUUAAUAAAGUUCAUGAAAAUUCUACCUUA